AUGGUUCUCACAAAACUUUUUUCUUCCUCCUCCAAAAAAUCCCCCGACAAGAAAAAGCACCACAAGCAUUCCGCCAGCAACACAUCAGACUUGUCUGACCUGCAGCUCCACGACUCCCAGCAUCCGCCCGCUUUGGUCCGUGCUGCCUCUUCCGAGCGACACCUCGAUUCUUCCUUGGGCCGCGCUGCCUCCAAACACCGCCAUCCCGACCCCGACCACCAUCGCUCGCCGCCGCCGCCGCCGCAGCAGCAGCAACAGCCCUACUCCAUUGGCAUCACCGGCAACAACAAUAAUUAUAGCAAAAGCAAAUCAUCCUCCUCUCCCCGUGUUGGCUCGUCACGCAAAUCUCCCUCCAAGGCGUCGCCCAAACCCCAGCGGGAUCCCGAACGCAAAAGCCGCCGUGUUGCCUCGACGCCCUCCGGUAGCCCUACAAAGCAUAAAUCCAAGGGUUCGUCCUCCCGCUUCGCCUACGAUCGGGAUUCCCACCCAUUGAAUCUGCCCCCGGACGAGCUCCGCCGCCUAUCCGCCAUGGCAGCUGCAAGAGACGAUAGUCGCAGCUCCAUGGACAUUGAGCAGCCGGACGUUACGCACUCGCCCACUGCUGUGACCAACGCCACCGUCUCCCCCUCCGCCUUCUCUACGCCCACUCAGCAAGACUCCCCCGCUUCAUCUACUGGGAUGCAGUCAAAUGGCGUCCAUUCUGAUACCGCAGAGCGAAGCCCUACCCCUCCCCCUCACAAUGUCCCCUCAAGUACGCCACAACCUACACAGCCCGUUGUUGAUGCGGAGGCGUGCAAAUUAGCCGGGAAUAAAUUUUUCAAGGCGGGUGAUUUUCAGAAAGCUAUCCAAGAGUAUACGAAGGCUGUCGAAGCCCAACCCACAUCAUCUACCUAUCUAUCAAAUCGAGCGGCUGCCUACAUAUCCGCACACCGCUACCAUGAAGCCCUGGAAGAUGCCAAACUAGCUGAUGAGUUGGAGCCUGGUAACCAGAAAAUCAUGCACAGAUUGGCAAGAAUAUACACUUCCCUUGGUCGCCCCACAGAGGCGUUAUCCAUCUAUUCACGAAUCCAACCACCCGUUACCGCAAAGGAUAAAGGCCCCGCGGAGGCAAUGUUACAUCAUAUCACCCAGGCAGAAGGGUUGCUACGGGAAGAUAGAGGAGGUUCAAUGACAUUGUACUGCCUGGACCAGGCCGUAAAGGGACUUGGGGUUGGCGUGACCCAACCGCGCAAAUGGCGGCUGAUGCGAGCAGAGGCGUACCUAAAGAUGGGAAAUGUCAACACAUUGGGCGACGCGCAGAAUAUCGUCAUGUCAAUGCUACGAGAUAACAAUCAGGAUCCGGACGCCUUAUUGAUCCGUGGCCGGUUAUUUUACGCCCAAGGCGAGAACGAACAGGCAAUCAGACACUUUAAACUCGCUCUAAACCUAGACCCUGACUCCACCCAAGCGGUCAGAUACCUACGCAUGGUGCAGAAACUUCUCCGAAUGAAGGAUGAAGGAAACGCGGCAUUCAAGGCAAGAAAGUACCAAGAAGCUAUCGAUGUAUACACUAAGGCCCUGGAAGUCGACCCCAAGAAUAAAGACAUCAACUCCAAACUCCUUCAGAACCGCGCCCAGGCCUACCUUAACCUCAGCAACUACGACAAAGCAAUUGAAGAUUGCACAGACGCUCUCAAACUGGAUCCUUCAUACGUAAAGGCGCAACGGGUACGGGCGAAGGCGUACGGAGCCUCUGGCAACUGGGAGGAAGCCGCGCGCGAAUUCAAGAAGAUUGCUGAAGCCAAUCCCAACGAGAAGGGCAUUCAGGAAGAGGUUCGAAACGCAGAUUUUGAGCUUAAGAAGAGCCAACGGAAAGAUUACUAUAAGAUUCUUGGCGUCGAUAAGAAUGCGUCAGAGCAGGAGAUUAAGAAAGCGUAUAGAAAGUUGGCGAUUCAGCAUCAUCCAGAUAAGAAUAUCGAUGGCGAUAAGGGAGAUACGCAGUUUAAGGAGAUUGGAGAGGCGUAUGAAAUUUUGAGUGAUCCUCAAAAACGCGCAAGUUAUGACAAUGGCGAUGACCUCCUAGAUCCCGCGGACAUGUUCGCGCGUGGCGGGGCCUCAUUUGCGCACAUGGGCGGUAUGGGAGGCAUGGGAGGCAUGCAUGGAAUGGGUGGAAUGGGAGGCAUGGGCGGCGGCCAGAAUAUCCAUAUCGACCCCAACAUCCUAUUUAAUAUGAUGAACGGGGGCGGGUUUAGCGGACGGACUGGCGGCCAGAACCCGUUCGAGAGCUCCUACCACCAGCACGGAUGGUAA